AUGGUUAAAUUCUUUUGGGAAUGGGCAAAUGGUGCAGGCUUAGCUGGACUCCGCGUUGGGUAUGGAGCAUUUCCAUUGACCAUCAUUGAAUAUCUUUGGCGAGCAAAGCAACCAUAUACUGUGUCUGUUGCUGCUGAAGUUUCUGCUUGCGCAGCAUUGGAGAACCCCACCUAUCUCGAGAUGGCGAAAGAAGCUUUGCUACAAGAAAGGGAGAGGCUUUAUAACCUUGUAAAGGAGCUGCCGUUUCUCAACCCAUAUCCAAGCUAUUCCAAUUUCGUUCUUUGUGAGGUUACAUCAGGAAUGGAUGCUAAGAAGCUGAAGGAGGACCUUGCAAAAAUGGGUGUGAUGAUUCGUCAUUACAACAACAAAGAGUUGAGUGGUUAUGUUCGCAUAUCUGUCGGGAAGCCGGAACACACUUGA